GUUAGGUAGGUAUUGUCUAUGAUUUUUUCAAUAACAAGAAAAAAACAAGUAAAUCCGAUACUCCGCUAUUAGAUUUACUUUGCAUGUUUUUGAUUGUAUGGAGUUUUUAAUUGUUAUCCGUAGUUCUGGUUAAUUAAUAUACGCAACCCAAAUGCCUCGUGAUAAAAGUAGAUAUCGCGAUCGUCGAAGUUCUUCAUACAGUUCGGUAUCGUCUCAUGAACGUAAAAAAUCUAAAAGUAAACAUAGACGACGCUCGCGGUCAACAGAUCGAUCUGAAUCUAGCAGCUACAGAAGAAAACGUUCCAGCUCCCGUUCGAAACACCGGCGGAGGAGUUACUCGAGAAGUAUUUCUAGAGAACGUUAUGAGAGUAAGUCCAGACGUCGAUCUACUUCUCGGUCGAGAUCCAAGAGGUCAAAACACUCUAGAGAGCGCUCUCGUUCAAGAUCUCAUAGCCGCUCGAAGUAUAGUAAGACCAGUAAAAAAAAUAGAAAGAGAUCUCGCUCUAGCAGCAGGGGAAGUAGAGCCAGUUCAUUUGAUAUUGAACCCAGGAAACUCAACCCAGAUGACACAGAUAUAAAAAUUGGAAAGGCAAUAAAGGCAGCUGAAGCUGCUGGCUUAACUAUGACAAAAAUACCAACGUACGAAUACAAAGAUGUGGAAGUAAAAGAGGAAAUGCCCACAAUACAUGACAGAAAUCUGAUUGAUGAAUUAAACUGUGAUUCCUUUGUACAGAAAUCAUUUACUUCAUCAAGGACCAAGAAACAGUCACAAAGUAUUGUGAUUGACUUAAAUGCUGAGACAGUUAAGAUGCCUAAAGCUGAAAUUAAGGUUCAGAAUGAUGACUCCAUUAUAAAUUUUAAAGAAAUACCUAGCCAUGAAGAAUUAAAGGAAAUGUGGAUAAAGAAGCUUUACCAGUACAGAAAGAAAAUGCUUAGAGACGAAAUGCAAAUAAAAGACUAAUUGCACAACAAUAUUAAUUUAAGUAGUUACUUUUAACAACUGACCAUAAUAAAUAUUUUUGAGUAAAGUGUAAUUUUUUCCUCUAUUUGAUUUCAAAUUGCUCAACUAGGGCCACAAUACAUUAUAGU